CGAGUUAAAAGGGGGACGUGAGCUUUAUUCCCUUUUAACAUUCACUCCAAACGGCAUAGAAAAAAGAAAAAAACGCGGUAAAAAGGGCGUAGGGGAGGGUUUUAGUGCUCUCUCUCAGUCACUCUCCCGCUCUGUCCAGUCUCCGGCAGAGCUUUAGGCUAUAAACGUACGAGGGACAUGAAAUAUGCUUACUCUUUUACAUUUUCUGAGGCUUUAAAUUUUGGUGCUUUAGCAGCGAGGUCACUGAAUUCCUGCUCGAGUUUCCCCUUGAGGUGUUCUAUUAGGACAGUUAGAAUGGAAAAUAAUCAUAAUAAUGGCAACCGCAGCGUUUGUGAUGGCGGUUCAAGAGGUGCUUUCGUAGUUCUAGAAGGUUUGGAUCGCAGUGGAAAGACUUCACAAUCUAGCAAGUUACUCUCUUACUUGGAGGGACUUGGGCAUCCAACUGAAUUAUGGCGUUUUCCUGAUCGGUCGACUAGCAUUGGACAGAUGAUAUCUGCUUACCUCUCAAAUCAAUCUCAGUUGGAUGAUCAUACAAUCCAUCUCCUAUACAGUGUAAAUCGUUGGGAAAAGAGCAACCACCUGAGGAGCAUAUGCUCAUUUGUGAAAUUUGGAUCUAACAACUCAUUGAUGGAAACUCAACUGAAAAGUGGAACUACUCUCAUUGUUGACCGUUACUCUUAUUCCGGGGUUGCUUUCUCAUCUGCGAAAGGACUUGAUUUUGAAUGGUGUAAGGCUCCUGAGAUUGGGCUGCUGGCUCCAGAUCUUGUACUGUACCUUGACAUACCGCCUGAGAAAGCUGCAGAAAGAGGAGGCUAUGGUGGUGAAAGAUAUGAGAAACUUGAAUUCCAGAGGAAAGUUGCUGAAUGCUAUCUGGCCCUUCGUGAUCCCUCUUGGAAGAUCAUAGAUGGGUGCCAAUCCAUGGAAGAGAUUCAAAAACAACUUCAAAAGAUUGUGUUGGAUCAUGUUAUAGCAUGUAAAAAGGGGAGACCCCUUUCUCAUCUCUGGUGAUGUUAAUUUUUAUUGUUAUCAACAGGAAUUGGUUGAUUGUAAUUUUUUUUAGAAUUAAUUAAACAAAGAUUUAUAUCAUGAUUUUGGAUGA